ACACUUAGAUUAUGUCAACGGUGGGCAAACUGUGGCUCCCCAGAGUUUUUAUGCGACUUCUCGCUAGCAUUAUCUAUUAUCCAAAUUUAAAUUACAGAAACUGUAGUGUACUUUUUCAAUUGAUUAAGCAGUGCAAUAAAUUUUCAUUGAUUAAGACAAACUAUGUUUUAGUAAGAAAAUUGGUGUGGCGUUUUGUUAUAGUAUGUAAUAUUGAUCGUGUUAAAUAUUACUCUGACUGUAUUCUGUCAUAAGGAAAAUUGCAAAUAUUGUCGUAGUCAAUAGCCCAAAACCCUUUUUCGCGUUCCCCAAACUGGUAUCAAUGUAACAGUUGUACUGCAAAAUGAUUUAAUAAGUCUAAUAUUGAUAAUUUUUAAAAUUAUGCAGUUCCCACAUAUUUCUGACUUGAUGUAUGCGGCUCUUAUACCAAAACAUUUUUGCCUUCUCCGAAUUAUGUUUUUGACUUGCAACCAUAUAAAAAAGGGUUGAUAUAAACUACUUAAAAAUGGAUCGAUUGCUAGCAUCAGACUCAAAACAAAAAAAUAUUGUGACCGAGCUAUGAAAAGAGACUUUGGAGUGCUUCAGUACAGGGUAUUCAUAAAGUUUACAAUUUUUAAUUUUGUUAUGAAGUCAGUUCUCAAUAUAUAUAUCUAAACCAGAUUUGUUUUUUUAAUCAGUAUUUUCACUUCAUUUGAUACGUCUGUGAGGGACAAAACACUAUGUGGUAUCAUAAAAUCUCCUUUGUAAUUUUAAUAAAUUUCAAGACUAACCCUAUAUACCAAAAUACCCAGUUUCAAACUAUUUUAAUAUUUGGAUUGUUCUGGACUAACAAACUUUUAUUUCUUUGUGUUCAAAAUUUAUAGUGCGAUAUUUAUAUAAGAUACUAAUUUAUUUUGUUGCAUUAUGGCUCAAUCUCCAGCUGGCAUAUAUUCAAGGCUUGAUCAAGCUGUUGAACCAGAGGGUGGGACAGCAAGCCCUCAACAGGGUCAGGUUACUUCGCCACCCCAGCAUGCAACGACUACAUCAACCCCUCGGAAGAAGUUCAGAGCAAAAUACAAACUUGUGUUGUAUCAACUUGGAGUUACUGAAAUUGUUCUUGGCGUUUUAUCUGUCAUUUUGUGCAUCUUUACAUUGAUCAUCGCAAGCACAAAGACGACUUACGUCUAUCACGAUAAUGACCUCGGUAGAACGUACGUUCGCAAAAUAGGCUACAGCAUUACGUUCGUUUCUCACGGAAUAUGGUGCGGUGCUGUUGUUAUUGCAUCUGGAAUGCUUGGAUUUGAAGCUAGUAGAAAACCAUCUGCCUGUCUUUAUAAUGCGAACAUGAUUGUCAGCAUUGUAGCUUCUUGCUUCAUGGCUAUGUUGUGGAUAUUGUCUGUGAUAUGUGCUGGAGACACUUACCCACGUGAAGAUAAUGGAGGCAUCAUUGCUGUUCAUUGUAUUUUGGCUGCCAUUGGAUUUGCUGGAAUGAUUAUUUGUAUUCUUCAUUCUUCAUACUACCGCGCUGGUGUUUGUUGCCGCAAAAAAUCGCAAUGCGUGGUUCUAAAGGCAACUUACCCUGCUUAUCCGCAACAACAAAUGGUUCAGCUCGCAAACGGCCAAUUCAUUAUGAUACCUGCUCAAGAAUAUGUGCCAGGAACUCCAUAUAACCCUGGUGCACAAACGUCUCCUCGGCCAGAAGUGGGAAUUCCUCCGUACCCACAGACAUCAAACCAGCAAAUGAACAAGAAGCUCAAAGUUAAUUAAGCUGAAGUUAUUUCACCCCCCCC